AUGGCAACCUACGGCCUGCAGGUGAAGGAUGAGCUCCACGGCGGCGGCAUCGGCAUCGGCAUCGGCAUCGGAGGGGGAGGAGGAGGAGGAGGGCAGGGGCUGUACUGCGGUGCUACGCCGACGCCGGCGCCGCCUCCUGCGGCCACCGGCGGCGGCGGGGACGGUGGUGUGAAGAGUAAGAGGAGCAGGAAGAGGGAGCCGUCGUCGUCCCUGGUGACGAUGAGCAACGGCGGCGGCAAGGACGAGGCGGUCGCCGGCGGCGGCGACAAGUCGGCGAGUAGCAACAGUAACGCGACCAAGAGGAGCUCAAGGUUCAGAGGCGUUAGCAGGCAUCGGUGGACGGGCAGGUUCGAGGCGCACCUGUGGGACAAAGGGACCUGGAACCCUACGCAGAAGAAGAAAGGGAAGCAAGUUUACCUUGGAGCGUACAACGAGGAAGACGCGGCAGCAAGAGCCUAUGAUCUGGCAGCGCUCAAGUACUGGGGACCUACCACCUACACCAACUUUCCGGUUGUGGACUACGAGAGAGAGCUCAAAGUGAUGCAGAAUGUGUCCAAGGAAGAGUACCUUGCCUCCAUAAGAAGGAAGAGCAACGGCUUCUCCCGCGGAGUUUCCAAGUACAGAGGCGUCGCACGGCACCACCACAACGGCAGAUGGGAGGCUCGGAUCGGCCGGGUGUUCGGCAACAAGUACCUGUACCUGGGCACGUACAGCACGCAGGAGGAGGCGGCGCGCGCCUACGACAUCGCCGCCAUCGAGUACCGCGGCAUCAACGCCGUCACCAACUUCGACCUCAGCACCUACAUCCGCUGGCUCAAGCCCGGGCGGCGGCGGCGCCGUCCGCGGCGAGGACGCCGGCGCCGGCACCCCUGA